AAAUGGACAUUGGACAGUAAGACAGUAAGUGAGUUAGUGAGAACUGAGAAGUACACACUCUGUCAUUAUAACAUCUCUUUUUUCCCUCUUCUUCACUCACCCACAUCUUUGUUUCCACAUUAUCAAAUUAGGAAUUAUAAGUAGAUCUGGAUCAUACUGCAUGCAAACUAAUUUUUCCAUUCUUGGGUUUGAUUAAUGUUGUGUCAUAUUCACUGAUCUUAUAGUAGCAGGUAUAUUGGUUUCAGUUCCAUACAAAUACAUUUGAUAUUUUACAAUAAACAAGAAAUCAUGUCAAGGAGACCUGUAAAUCUUACUCGCCGUCUGGUAGGCAAUGGAGGGUUUCCUCUUGUAGGAGCAUUUCCAUCGAAGACACGCUCGUCUCCCUUGGUGUCGAUUACCCUUGUGGCGCUGGGUGUAAUUCUUAUUCUUGGGUAUCUAUACAGUGGCUCAGGUAAAAAAGAGAUUGUUAGCAGAAUUGAAGGUGAAUUUUCUGGAACCCUAGAACUUCAGAAUGCGAUACCUCUUCUGAAGAAAGCUUAUGGUGAUGGCAUGCACAAGGUCUUGCACGUUGGGCCAGACACCUGUUCAGUAGUCUCUAAGCUGUUAAAAGAAGAGGAUACUGAAGCUUGGGGCGUCGAACCAUACGACCUAGAGGAUCCAGAUUCGAACUGCAAAAAUCUUGUGCGGAAAGCCAUUGUGCGUGUUGCUGAUAUCAAAUUCCCAUUGCCAUAUAGAUCCGAUUCAUUUUCUUUGGUUAUUGUCUCAGACGCAUUAGAUUACCUCUCACCAAAGUAUCUAAAUAAAACUCUUCCCGAGUUGGCAAGAGUGGCUUCUGAUGGUCUAGUCAUAUUUACUGGUUAUCCUGGACAGCAGAGAGCUAGAGUUACAGAGCUAUCUAAGUUUGGACGCCCGGCUAAAAUGCGCAGUCAGUCCUGGUGGGUGCGUUUCUUCGUUCAGAUUGGGUUGGAGGUGAACGAAGCUGCUGCGGAGAAGUUUGAGCAGGCUUGCACCAAAUUGUCAUACAAGCCAAGCUGCCAAGUUUUCCACCUCAAUUCAUUUCAUUGACGAACAAACAUAGAGAGACAAUACACCUUUUGUUGUGUAGUACUUUUAGUUGGUGUAGUUUAAUGUUGAUUCAAAUCGCCUUUUGUUGUUUUAUUUAUCCAUGAUAUUAUACAUUCAUACAUUCAAUAUUUAUUAACUAAGGUAUGAUAUUUAUUAAUUCCAUAGUCAAAACGAUUAAUCCA